UAUUAAUUCUUCAGACUCGCAAAAGAAAGAAAAACCAAGUAGAGUGAAAAGAAAGAAAAGAAAUGGCUUCUUCAAUGAUUUCCUCUGCCGCAGUCGCCUCCGUAAGGAGCUCCGCUCCCGCUCAAGCUAGCAUGGUUGCACCAUUCAGUGGUUUGAAAUCCGUUUCUGCGUUCCCUGUUACACGCAAAUCAGCCGACAUCACCUCCAUCUCCAGCAACGGUGGAAGAGUUAACUGCAUGCAGGUAUGGCCACCAACUGGUUUGAAGAAGUUUGAGACCCUCUCAUACCUUCCCCCAUUGACCGUCGAGCAACUAUCAAAGGAAGUCGAUUACCUUCUCCGUAAUGGAUGGGUUCCCUGUUUGGAAUUCGACGCCAGAGGAUUCGUCUACAGAGAACAUGGUAACACCCCUGGUUACUACGAUGGUCGUUACUGGACAAUGUGGAAAUUGCCCAUGUUCGGUUGUACCGACGCUUCCCAGGUUGUCAAGGAGCUAGAGGAGGCCAAGGCUGCAUACCCAGACUCUUUCAUCAGAAUCAUCGGAUUCGACAACGUGCGUCAAGUACAAUGUGUUAGUUUCAUCGCAUACAAGCCCGAGAGCACUAGCUACUAAAAACCUGUGAUGCAUUAGGUGUCCUUUUUUUAUCAAUUUCUUCCCUGUUGGUUUGUACUUUUGGAGCUGGUCGCUAAUUAAUUGAAGUCGAACACCCUAACUGUACCGACUCUUCAUAAUACGAUACAGGCAACCAAUUAAUGAGCUCAAAAAUCACUUAUUAAGAGUGUAAGUUCUACAAUAAAUACUACUACAUAUUCUUGUAUGCUCA